AUGUCUACCCCGUACCCCGACGACGAGCGCGGGAUUUUUAUCACUCAUACGUUCCCCUGUAUCUUUGACAAUACCAUCAUCGUCGCAGCAACCCACCCGAUAUUCCUCUCCGACUUUUACGCUUUUAACUACUUCCUGAAAGGUUUAGUUGCCGACCAAGUUUGGCUUACCGCUGCCGAGCCCAGCAAGUUAUUGAAUAAGCACGGCCCCUAUCACCACGGUACCGCUUCUGAGUGUCCCAAGGUCGUCCUCAGCCCUAAGCUUCUCGAGUCUGAGAUCACUCCUAUGACGGUCGUUCCACCCGCCAAUAUGGUUGAUAGAUUUCUCGACGAGGUCUCUAAAGCCACUGCUCGCGCCAAGGACAAGCACCCGAUCCUUUUGACGGUAUUCUAUUACGGGUCAGACGACCACAGACUCCUCCUCGACUAUAGUAACUCCGGGAAGGGGUUUAGCCUUAAACGGCUAAAGAGCGUAUCAGGAAAUACCCGAGCCACCUUACUCGUAAUAGCAUAUUACUCGGGUAGAUGGGUGAUUGCGCCCGACUUUAAUAGAAUAAUACUAGCCGCCGCUACCGAAGAGAAGAUAUUCAUAUCGUUUCUGCUAUCGGCAAGCCUGAGACGAGUUUGCGGAUCCAUCUUCGCUGGAGCGGUCAUUGACACGCUUUCUGGCGUGUCUUCGCCAUUACUCGCACAGGAAGAGGAGAGCCUCCAGCCGGACGAGCCAACCGGAAUACAGACAGAAGCGUAUAACGAGUUCUGCCGCUCCGUCACGACAGUAUUAAAAGCGCGGGGCAUCUCUAACGCCCUAACCAAGGAUUUUUGCUUCAGCGCCCAGGACGACCAGUGGACUUUUUUAUAUUCCCGGACGCUGCUGCUGGUUCCAUGGAAUCUGUCUCUCUACCCGGCGGGGUUCAGUUCAAAGACCAGGAGCAUGCGCGGGUCUACAGCAUAG